AUGAUAUACCUUUACGCAGACCUGAUAAUAGACAUUAGCGGUGAUGGCUGGAAGCAUCCCGAGCAGGUCCCCAGGCACCUCCAUCGCAGUUGCAGAGAGAAUCCAUUGCUCUGGACACUCUGUCAAAGUUUGACUUUCACGCUUUAUGGGUUAGGCAAGGGCGAGAGAGCAUGGGCAUUGCUCCAUUUGGCACUGGAGCAUAUGUCUAGCUACACUAGACUGGUGCUCGGGAGUUACCCUUAUUCAUACAGUCUCUACCUUCCGAGGGUGAUAGACGUGCUUGGUGAUUUUGAAACCGGACCUCUGCAGAAUUUCCAAACACUUGGGCUGAAGGGAGUUUCUACUCACGGGGACAGUCUCUGCCAGACAAAACUGCAGAAAAAGGCAGGAACGGCCCCCUUCACCAAGCUCAAACUGCGCUGCUUUCUUCUGACCCCUAGAACCCUCGAAGCGCUGGUCCGCUGGCCCAAACGCCUGGAAGCGUUUGAGCUAAAGUUCUCAUUCGGGGAUGACUACGCCGAAAUGGGGUUAUAUACUGAGUGGACACUGUCAAUAUUUAAACAGAUUUUAGCCAUCCACCGGAGUACAUUGCGCUCAAUCAAUCUAUAUGCUGUAUGCAUUAGCAGGCUGGCAGGUUUCGACCUGUGCGAAUUCGAAAGUCUAGAGAAAUUGAGCCUCUCAUCCGCAUGUACUGGCCACCAAUAUCCUGUCAGAGACCAUAUGAUCGGUGUCCUCACCAACCUGCUUGCUCCGCGCCUUCGUGUUUUCCACUGGGACUUAACCCUUCAGGACCAACAACAUUGCGAGGGGCUGGACGGUUUUGGCCAAGAAGAGGAAGAUUGGUUGCGGGCGUUGGUGCGCGAAGCACUUGCACGCGGAUGUCCACUCCAAAGAAUUGAAAUAAAAUUUACACCCGAUUCUGGCCACAACUUCAAUGGCAUAUAUCCGUGGGACCGAAUGGAUGCCUUGGGGGCUGACUUACGCCCAUAUGGGAUCAAAGUGUAUUAUAACCCUCCCUCCAUUAGCAGAGAUGAGUUUUUGGAUAUUGUGAAAAGCACCAAAAGGUGGGAAGCUUAUCGUGAUUUAAACCUUGGCAAAUGA